AAAUAACCCUAUUUAUAGUUUUUUUUCUUUCUAAUUGUCAACCUUACCAGCAGCCGAACAGCCGGCCCACCAUGAGGACGCGCUCUCCCCGCCCAGUGCUCAGCCUCCCGGUGGUCCCCGCUCUGUCAGAGAGACCCGGAGCGUCGCUGACAAGCCUCCGUCCACCGCUCCGUUUCUUCAGUUUUCUUUUUUUUCUACAGCCAAACAAAGGAAUAAAACCAACCAUGGGUAUUUUGGCUCACAAACCAGCCUUUUCUCUUUUUACCCUCCUGCUCACCCUUAUCGGCGCUUGUUCCGGAGGUUCGGACGCGCCGCGCGGAGUCGCCGUCGGCUUCGUUUUCGACGUGAGCGCGCGGUGCGAGCCGCCGUGCGGCCACGGAGGGGUCUGCAUCCGGAACGACACCUGCUUCUGCUCCCGGGGCUAUGAGGGAGAGCGGUGCCAGUACGCCAACUGUUUCCCCAAGUGUAAAAAUGGUGGAACGUGUCUUCGUCCAGGAAAAUGCAGAUGCCAGCCUGGAUAUGGAGGAAGAUACUGUCACAAAGUGACGUGUGCCGACGGCUGCUGGAACGGAGGGGAAUGCACCGCCGUCAACGGAGUGGCCAAAUGCAUCUGCCCUUCCAGCUGGACCGGCUCGAAAUGCCAGGAUGCAAUUUGCCCCCAAGGCUGCAGGAACGGGGGGUUCUGCGUGGCUCCAGGAAUCUGCAGGUGUCCAGAGGGAUGGCUGGGUGGUGCGUGCCACACUGCGGUGUGCAGCCAGACCUGCCUGAAUGGAGGGAAGUGCAUUUCUCCCAACAAAUGUCGCUGCCGGCCACAUUUCUCCGGUCCUCGCUGCGAGGAGAAGAAAAAAUCCCACUAAUCAUUUUUCCAGACUCCGAUAUGGGGAUUAUUAAUUUGUUCUGUAUAACUUUUUAUUAUUAUUUUCGGUGAUAUGCAACACAUUUUGUAAUAAAUGAAACAUUUGUACUUUCUUCUUAAACAUACUGUAAUUUGACAUUAAAUGAUAAAAACUAA